AUGGUAAUCGGCAGUGACCUAAUCCCCCGAAUUCUCCUACAAGGGCUGCAACAAAACAUAAGCAGAAGUCUCAUAGCGCAGAACACGAUAUUUGGAUGGAUUCUGAGCGGCCCAAUCCAGGAGAGGAUCUCCACCUUUACCACCCAGGUAACCGAACCCCAGGAGGAAUCGUUGAACUCACUGCUGAAGAAGUUUUGGGAACAGGAGGAAGUAGCUGUCACGCAACCCCGCUCAAGUGAAGAGGACUUCUGUGAGGACCUGUAUCGACGCACAACAAUCCGGCAGACAGACGGACGAUACAUGGUGAAACUACCCAUCAAACCUGAAUUCCCAGACAUCAUGCCUCUAGGACACUCUCGACUAGCAGCGCAGCAGCAGUACAUCAGCAUCGAAAGGACUCUGGAGAAAAAACCUGACCUCUGCAAAAGGUACUCAGAAGUUCUGGAAGAAUACAUCACCAUGGACCACAUGGAGCCCACCUCAUCCCAAGAAGUCAUCAAUGGCGGUAAAUACUUCUCCUUUUAUUUACCCACGCUGUCAUAAAACCAGACAGCAAAACAACAAAAGUACGCGUAGUCUUCAA